ACUGGAGGAUUUGACACAAUUUAAUUGAGAUUUGAGAUUUUGUAAUACCAUUAGAAUUGAAAGUUUGGAAUUUUUUUAUCCAAUCACUGUAAAAUGCAUCUGUCGCUGCGCCUAUUAUCAAAUAGACAUCCUUCUUUCAUAGCUCGCACAGUGUUUGUACAAAACAACGAUAUUGACAAUGCGUGUAGGUUGAUCAACAGGAUUAUGGGUAAAGAAGGUCUUUUAGCUCAAUACAGGCUCACUAGAUACUACGAGAAGCCGUUUCAGACUAGACGUCGAGUUAACCAUGAAAAAUGUAAGGCCAUCUACAAUGAAGAUAUGGAGAGAAAAAUACAAUUUGUAUUAAGAAAAAAUAGACAUGAACCCUUUCCAGGAUGUUACUGAAUGAAAGAUCAAAUGUAAAUAGUAGAUUAUAACCACUCAUCAUGUGAAUAAUUGGGAUAGACCUGCUUAAAAGUUGAAAAACAUGACAUUGUGAGAAAGACCUCUCCAAAAAACUCAAUGUAAAAAAAAACUACGAUUCCAGAAUAAAAAUUAAAGAUAUUUAAGAUACCUAAACAUCUAGAAAAUUAUACACAAACAAACAUUGAAAAUAAUUACAACAUAAAAAAACUUUUGAAAAUGUGUCAGUUUGAUAUCUAUUAAUACUUUUUCUGUUAUAGAUUUUAUAUUUAUUUUAAAGAUACCUAGUACUUAGUAGUACCUUCUAAGAAUCUGUCAGUCAGUGUCAGCUUCAGUGGUAUGGUCCAUAGUUAGGGCAUAUAAGAAUAUCUUUUUAGGAAGACUAGUAAUGGAUGUAUAAGUGGGUGUAAAAUUGUAAUAAAUAGAUAUUUGAUA